GCGAAGGAAGACUUUGCUCAACUUGGCAGUGUCACAUAGGCUGAGAAGAGCGGAUAUCGACUGUCGAAGGGACUGAGAGGAAGAUGCGGGCGCCUGUGCUGGUUUUGGGGCUCCUGGCCGUGUUGGGGUGUCAGGCGGUGGAGGUGAAGCGGCCCCGUGGGGUCUCCCUGUCCAAUCGUGUCUUCUAUGAUGAGAUGAAACCAUUCACCUGUCUGGACGGCUCCAAGGUCAUCCCCUUCGACCGAGUCAACGACGACUACUGCGACUGCACCGACGGGUCCGACGAGCCUGGUACCUCUGCGUGUUACAAUGGAAGAUUCCACUGCACCAACCCCGGGUACCGGCCCAUGUACAUACCCUCAUCUCGGGUUAAUGAUGGAAUUUGCGAUUGCUGCGACACUACUGAUGAGUAUAACAGUGGAGUGCAUUGCCAGAACACUUGCAGGGAGAUGGGUCGGAAGGAACGAGAAGAGCUGGAGAAGAAAGCUGAAAUGGCUCGGGAGGGAAUGCUGUUAAAACAACAGUAUAUUGAAGACGCUCGAAAGGGACGGGAGGAGAAACAGGCCAGGCUGCAGGAAAUGGUGGAGAAGCGUCAGAGCUCGCAGGCAGAAGUUGACUCUCUGCGUUCUAAGAAAGAGGAGGCAGAGAAACCAGAGAAGGAAGCAAAGGAAGCACACAAGAAUGAGUGGGAAGAGAGGAGAGAAGCAGAGAAAGCUGCCUUGGAAAAGAAGCAAUCGCUGGAAGCUUUUACUGAGCUGGAUCAAGACUCUGAUGGGACGCUGUCUGCAGAGGAGCUGCUGUCCCGCUCUGAGCUGGAUUCAGAUGGAGACGGUUCCCUGUCAGACCAGGAAGCCCAGGAUCUCCUAGCAGGUUUGCAGUCAGUUGAUGUCUCCACCUUCCAGGAGUCUGUCUGGCCCAAGAUUAAGGAAAAAUACAAAUCUAAGAGUGAAACCCCUUCACCACCUCCUAUUGAAGAAGGAGCCGACUCUCAUCCAGAAAUCCAACCUGAGGAGGACGGGGAUGGUGAUGGCGAGGAGGGAGGAGAUGACGAUGAUGACGAAGAGGAGCAUUUGGAUGAAGAGCAUAGGGCUCCGCCCAGUAAAUCUCAGGGGGAGGAGUCUGAGAUGCCGCCAUACGAUGACGCAACCCAGCAACUUAUAGAUGCCGCCCAGAUAGUCCGCAAUGAGUUCGAGGAAGCUUCCAAAUCUUUACGGGAAAUUGAAGAUACAAUCAGGAAUCUGGAGAAGGAGAUUUCGCUGGACUUUGGAUCACAGGGAGAAUUUUCCUACCUGUAUGGACAAUGUUAUGAUCUUACAACCAGCGAGUAUACGUAUCGCCUCUGCCCGUUUAAUCGUGUCACACAGAAGCCGAAGGUUGGAGGGUCGGAGACUAAUUUGGGCGUCUGGAGCGCCUGGGCCGGACCAGAAAAUGACAAGUUUAGUGCCAUGAAGUACGACCAGGGCACAGGCUGUUGGCAAGGUCCCAACCGCUCCACACUGGUGAAAUUAUACUGUGGUAAAGAAACAGUUGUCACCUCCACGUCUGAGCCAAGUCGCUGUGAAUACCUCAUGGAAUUUUACACUCCGGCCGUCUGUCAGCAGCCCCCUGAGAUCCCCCAACAAGAGGAACAUGAUGAGCUGUGACCGCC